AUGGCGCGUACAAAACAGACCGCCCGCAAGUCAACCGGUGGCAAAGCGCCCCGUAAGCAACUGGCCACGAAGGCCGCCCGCAAAUCCGCUCCCUCUGCUGGUGGUGUGAAGAAGCCGCACCGCUACAAGCCCGGUACGGUGGCGCUGCGCGAGAUCCGCCGCUACCAGAAAUCGACUGAGCUGCUUAUCCGCAAACUCCCAUUCCAGCGUCUUGUGCGUGAGAUUGCCCAGGAUUUCAAGACCGAUCUCCGCUUCCAGUCGUCGGCGAUUGGUGCACUCCAGGAGGCGAGCGAGGCGUACCUCGUAUCCCUCUUUGAAGACACGAACCUCGCUGCCAUCCACGCAAAGCGUGUUACGAUCCAGCCCAAGGAUAUCGCCCUUGCUCGCCGUCUCCGCGGUGAGCGCUCCUAA